AUGGAGUAUAUCGAGCCAGACAUUUAUAACGCUCUGAAAAAUGAUAAUGCCAAGACUUUGGAUGAGUUUCUUGAAGCUGGUUUUGACGUGAACCACACGUUUUGCACGAAGAGGAUUCCACCGCAGGAUGUUGGUUUGACACUCCUGCAUGUUGCCGUGAAAAGCAAAAACAGCAACGUGAUCAAACUUCUAAUCAAAAGAAAAUGUGAUGUGAACGUUCUGUCCACGCAAGACCCAGGAUCCUACCUCCCUUCCACUGUAAAACAUUUAGGGAAAAAUCUAAAACAGAGUUCUUUAUACUUGGCAGUUGUGAACAAUGAUGUUGAAACUGUUAAAGUGCUUGUAACCGCAGGGGCAGACUUAAAGUUGUGUGACGAUAUGGGGUGCUCUGUUCUCUGGCAUAUAACAGACCUGUAUGGUGACAUAUCUAUGGCGAGGACCAUAAUAAAGAGUGGUCAGUGUGCCAUUAAUUACGCUGAUAUACAUGGGCUGGGGCCCCUCCAUGUGGCUGUCAUUCGUGGUAACAUAGACUUUGUGAAGUUCUUAAUGCGCAGCAGAGCUGUAGUUGAUUUAGAACAAUGUGAAGGUGCUACACCAUUGUGUCUUGCAUGUAAAUAUGCCAAGAAGGAGGCAGUUCAGGUUCUCCUACAACACGGUGCCAAUCCAAAUCAUAUAGGUAGAAACAAUAUCUCUCCAGUAAGUUGUGCCAUAGGGUUUAUGCGGAAUAGUAAAGGCAACUUCAAUGAUGUGCUGGCCCCACUCAUUAUGGCUGGUGCAGCUCUGCCCUCAGUUCACAGAAUUAUCGCAUCUCUGCCAAAGAUGUAUUUAGUGAUGUAUCCAGAGUUCCACCAGUGGCUGUUGGAGCAUGCCUCAAAGCCUCGACGGCUUAUGGAGCUAUGUGGACAUGUCAUCAGACAACAGCUAGGCAGAGCAAGAUGGGGACAGAGUGCUUAUGCUGCAGUGGAACAACUUCCCCUGCCAAACUUUCUGAAAGACUAUGUAGAACUCAGGCAUUUGUAA